GUGCUGCCCUCUGUCUGUUACUAUCAGUAGGUUGCGCCAACCGCAGCUGCGCAUGCGCAGUGAGUGUGCGGGGCGCAGCGGUUGAGCAUUCUUGGCAACGUCUCUCUCGGUGAACAGGCAGUCGACCGUCGGCCAACGAGUGUUUCCACAAUGUCUGGAGAAUUAUUUUAAGGGAAUAGGAGCUGAGCGGAAAAACACCGGAGCAGCGUCGGGUAAGAGUGAAAAACUGGGCUCCCUCCUCUGCACUGCAUUACCACAUCUGCUUCACCUGUGCAGCUGAAACCAGAACAAGAUCUGCAUUAAACUGAAAAUAGUCCAAGAAGAAGAAGAAGAGGAACAGUCUUUACUCAAACGGGUCCGUCAUGGAUCAGUGAAGUCUUUCCCGCAAUGUUUUUGGGAGCUGGAGGCCGCAGCACCGUCAGCAGAGUGUGUGUGGGGCCCCCCCUCUCCCUCUUUUCUAGCACCCCUCCUGACAUGGGAUGCCAGCCCCCUGCCCACCUGGCCUCUAUCCUGCCCUGAGCUCUCCUGGGGUGCCAUGAACAACUACAGAGACAGAGGGGUCACCUGCACCUCCUCGGACCUCCUAGAUGGGGGAGGAGGAGGGUUACCCCAGCACACUCCGUUUCGUCACACCCCCAAUGGCCACUUGGUGCCUGGCCCCACAGACCCGGCGAUGCAACCACGCAUCUCAGUACCCAAAAUGGGUGUUCGGGCGCGUAUUGCAGAGUGGCCCCCACGUCGAGCGCAGUCCCGGGAAUCGCUGCUUGAAAAUGGGCAAUAUGGCAACAAUCACCAUGGAGAUGACUGCUCCACUUCAAUGUCCUCAUCAGUUUUUUCUUCUGAAAUCGGGUUGGUGCGGGGUGGAGUCGCCAGGUUGCCACGACGACGGUCCAAGGAUGUAGAGUUCAGAGGUGGAGGGUUUGGCGGUGAGAGAGGUUCACCCUUGAGCCUGCGUGUUUUCCCCCCAUUGAGGCAGCGCUCCAACAGUGAGGUGACACUGAGCGAACAAGACGAGAACGAGGUGGAGGUUCGUGGAGGAGGGGGGAUGGGUAACCUGUUCAGGGAGUAUGGCAGCACCUCCUCCAUCGACAUCCAGGGCAUUCCCGAGCAGAGCUUCUUCGACAUGCUCAGCCAGUUCCACCAGGAGAGGCCUGACCAGCGCAGCUCAGCUCCAAUACGCCUCAGGGAGUUGCUACGCGCUCCAGACUCGCCACCGAGCGCAGCCCUGCCCUCCGCUCCCUCACCUGGUCCCACACCGGGUGGGGACGACAGAGGGACAGGAAGGAAGGAUGGAGCUGAGCGAGUGAGGAAGAAAAGCGGAGGGACGGAGUCGUCACUGGGCACCUCCUCUUUGUUUCGGAAACUUCGCAGCUCCAGUCGAGGGGAGCUGGAUGGAGGGAAAGGAGAGAGUGGUGAAGAUGGAGGAGGGCGGGGCUCAACAGAUACUUCUUACAAACCGUGGGUGUGCCCCAAGAGUUUUGUCCACUUCGACGCUCAAAGCGUCUUGUUUGACCUCCACGAGGCGGCGGUUCAGCGCGGCUACGUCACUCAGAGGAGGAACACCGCUACGGGAGCAUCGGCUGCUUCAGUGUCUCUGUCUGUGUCCAGAUCUUCGGCUCCGAGUGGGAAUGACCCCGUUUACUCCAGCAUUGAGGAUCUGACCCUGAGCCUCGACCCUGCCUCCACAGCGCCCUCUCUGGGCAUGGACCCUCUGGACGGGCCUCCUGGAGCCCACAGCUCGAGCCCACUGCUCCUCUGCUGCCCCCACUUCCUCAAUGAGACCGGGGGUCACGGGGAGCGCAACAUCAGCUUCCUCAGCUCGUCAGCAGAGCGAGGAGGGGAGGGAGGAGGAGAGGGAGGAAGGGGUUGGCUGAGGAAGAGUAACGCCAGCGUCUCGGUGCUGGAGGUGCCUAUUGAACAGCAGGUUACAAGACUGGACAGGCUGAAACUGUACAGCAUAGAGCAUGUUGACCUGGGGGCCAGGUACUACAGAGACUACUUCCAUGGGAAAGAGCACUCAAACUACUUUGGGACAGAUGAUAAGCUGGGCCCCGUGGCUGUGAGCAUCCGCAGGGAGAAACUGGAAGACACCAAAGACCUGAAAGACCAGUAUCAGUACCGCCUCAUCGUCAGAACAAGCGAGCUGGUGACCCUCCGAGGUUCCAUAUUAGAGGAUGCUGUGGCGUCUACGGGAAGGCACGGCACGGUGCGAGGUCUGCCGUACAAAGAGAUCCUGGAGCAGGUCGUCCCCGAACUCAACGUCUCCUGUUUGAGGCUGGCGCUCAGCACGCCCAAGGUCACAGAGCAGCUCCUCAAACAGGACGAACAGGGGUUAAGUCAGAAGCACAAGGUGGGUGUUCUGCUGUGCCGCGCAGGCCAAAGCACAGAGGAGGAGAUGUACAACAACGAGGAGGCAUCGCCCGCCUUCUCUGCCUUUCUCGAACUUCUGGGGGAGCAGGUGCUUCUCAAAGGAUUCACCAAAUAUGCCGCACAGCUCGACACUAAAACGGACUCUACGGGCACCCACUCCCUGUACACCACCUACCAGGGUUAUGAGGUUAUGUUCCACGUGUCCACCAUGCUGCCAUACAUGCCCAACAACCCACAGCAGCUCCUGAGGAAGAGGCACAUAGGGAACGACAUUGUCACCAUAAUCUUUCAGGAGCCCGGAGCGCUGCCUUUCACCCCUCAGAAUAUUCGCUCACACUUCCAACACGUCUUUGUGAUUGUUCGUGUACACAACCCCUGCUCUGAAAACACCUGUUACAGUGUUGCUGUGACCAGAAUGAAGGACGUGCCUCCCUUCGGCCCACCCAUCCCCAGCGGCGUCACCUUCCGCGACCCGGAUACCUUUCGAAAUUUCCUUCUAGCCAAAGUUAUCAAUGCAGAAAAUGCAGCUCACAAGUCGGAGAAGUUCCACACCAUGGCGACACGCACGCGGCAGGAGUACCUGCGUGACCUGGCUGAGAACUACGUCAGCAGCACGCCGCUUGACUCGGCCGGUAAACUAAACAACCUCAUCUCCCUGGCGUCCAAAAAACGCGAGCGCUCAAAGGCAAGAGAGGGAGCGGAGCUGGGGGCUGCAGGGGCUGUCGCCUGGAGGGUGCUGGCCCAGGACUUCAGUGGAGGUGGGACAGAGCUCCCCUGUGCCUUGGGUUUGUCGGCCGAAUACGUCCUCCUGAUAGACUGCUCCACCAAAGAGGUGGUGUUUAACUGUUUCUGUGCCGAUGUGAUUGGCUGGACGCCGGAGCGGCUGGCGCUGAAGAUCUUCUACGGCAGAGGUGACCACAUUGCAGUGCGGGUACCAGAGGGCUGUGCGCAGGACAUCAGGGAAGUGGUGCAGAGGUUAAAGUCACUGACAGUGGGAUGUGAGACGGUGGACAUGACUCUGAGGAGAAACGGACUGGGACAACUGGGCUUCCAUGUUCGUCUGGAUGGCACUGUGGCCGAGGUGGAGGAAUACGGCUUUGCCUGGCAGGCAGGACUGAGGCAGGGCAGUCGCUUAGUGGAGAUCUGCAAGGUUGCCGCGGUGACGCUGACUCACGAGCAGAUGAUUGACCUGCUGAGGACGUCGGUUACGGUCAAAGUGGUCAUCAUUCCUCCGUACGAAGAGGGGGGGCCUCGCAGGGGCUGCACAGAGGAGUACGAGAUGAAGACCAUGGAGCAGAAGCCAGAACCUGAGCCUUUGGCGGCAGGCUACCGACCCUCCCCUCGCCCAACAUGGCGAUGGGACAGCCCACCUAUUCCCCAAGGGCUCCACAGCGCUCCCAACCCACAGCGCUGGGCCCCCAUGGGCCCCCCGCCUCUUCCGCUGCCUCGCUCACACAAGGCUCUGAUGCCUGUUCCCUACAGGGAGCCCCAGCACCUCAACUCCAAGAGGCCUGUGAGCUACCCAGAGAACCACUACAGCAUGUCUCCUGCAGGAGGCGACAGACUGCUGCCCUACAGAAACCCCUCAGCCAGCUUCUCCUCACCCUCCUCGGGCCUGGUGGGCCUCUCCACAAUAGGGCCGCCUGGAAUCACACCAGGGCCCUUUGUACGCUACAAACCUUCACCCGACAGAUAUGGAACAGGACAGCGCCCCCUGCUGCCCUACGAGCCCCACCUCAGUGUGGACAUCACGUCCAGUGGAGAGUCUUCCUCAGGCUUCACCAGUCAGGACAGCACCAUGGAGCGCUGCAAAACAGAACCCCUCUGGCACGUCCCAGCAUCAUCGUCUCGGGGGCCAGGUGGUGGAGGGGGGCAGAGGAGACUAACCAGACAGGAUGUCCCGGGGAAAGACUCCCCAAACAGACACUCGAAGGGCGACACUCAGUACUCGAGCCACUCCAGCAGCAACACUCUGUCCAGUAACGCCUCCAGCAGCCACAGCGACGAGCGCUGGUUCGACGGAGGCGCUGGAGGAGAGCGCGGGGGUGGGGUUUGCCUCAGUGACCCAGCUGACCCUGACCCCGACCUUCUCAACAAGGGGGGGUCCAAUGACAGCGGCAUUGACGCCCCAACCCACUACAACAACAACACUCGCCACGGAAACAUUCCCAACAGCCAAUCCCACAAGCCCGUGCACUGCUCCGCCACCUACAGCGGCAUCCAGGAGCUGUCUGUGGGAAGGAGCAGCGGUGGGGGAGAAGCCAGGAGACGAGAGUCAUCACCCAUCAUACCAGCUGCAGCCAAUCAGAACAAAGGGUACCGGACGAGGACAUUCCCACCUCCUGGCUCCAGCACUGAUAAAAUGGAUGCUUUUAAACCAAGGGCCUACACACCACAGGGUUACAAGACACCGACAACAGAGAAAGCGCGGCAUGUCCGAGCCUCUACGACAACGCCCACUUCAGCUCUGUCCAGCUCCGCCCCCAAGGCCUUAUACGGAAAGAGCCGACAAACUGCCUGGCAACCCGAAGACACCAGCCCAUCACCUUCAAACACGACCACAACAUCCAGCUCUGACAGCAGCAGCAGCAGCAAGAAGCAGGUGGAUGCAAAUUCAAAGAAUGUGUUUGGACAGCCUCGACUCAGAGCAUCACUGAGGGACCUUCGCUCUCCACGGCGAACCUACAAGAGCACCAUCGAAGACGACCUGAAGAAACUGAUCAUCAUGGACAAUCCCGGAGAGGCGCCACAAAGAGAUCCGUCUCCCAGACGCACCUUGCAGCGCACUUUCUCAGAUGAGUCUCUGUGCAGCGGGCGCAAGGAUGCCAGCUUCGCCAACUCUGAGAACCAGACCACCCCCAUGGAUGUGCUUUUCACCUGUACGCUGCCCACACGCAGACACGCCGUCUCCUCCAACCACAUGCAGAGCAAGAAGGUGCCUCUGUCUGCGUCUGAGCUGUCCCUUACAGAAGUGAGGGACAAAGUUCCCCCCCUGAGGAGGCUGGAUCCCGGGCUCAUGCCCCUCCCUGACACAGCCUGUGGACUUGAGUGGUCCAGUCUGGUCAACGCUGCUAAAGUCUACGAAGCACAAAGAGCAGUUUCCCUUUUCUCGCUGACUGAGCCGCAGGUUGGAGGUCCAGACAUGAGACCAGUCAUCAGUCCUGUCCAGUUUCCCACUCCGCAGACGCCACGAACCACACCGACCUUCAGCGGUGACGAGGUGCCCAACGAUUUGUCGGGACGUCUCUACCACCUGGAGGUGAUGUUAAAACAGCUCAACACUGAUCUGGAGAGGGAGAAACACGACAAGGUGGUGCUGCUCGCCGAGAUGGCCAACCUGAGAGAGAACAACCAGCGCUUACAGGAGGAGAGCCACACAGCCAGCGAGCAGCUGCGCAAGUUCAGCAUGCUUUUUACCAACAUCAACAAGACAGGAAGUGACCACGAGGCGCGCUCCAUAACCCCCGAAACUCAGUCAAAGAGGGAGUGAUCGGCACCUGCAGAAGAAGAAGAAGAAGAGUAUGUGAUUCAGGCCAGAGGGAGGGCGAGAGUGUGAGAGAAAUAUCCUUUUAGCGCUGCCUGCUCAGUACCCAUGAUUCCUUGCACACACACACAGGGGCAGCAGAGGUCACCGUGAUGUCACCUCACUCAGCUUCCACUGGACCGCCUUAAACUGGAAAAAGCCAGAAAAACACUUUCUUUUUUUUUUGAAUCACUCCCAGAAAGUCUCGCCCGGCGUUUCUUCUCUCAGCCUGUGCACAGACGGAGCAGAGAGCCUCCCUCUCUUUUCUCUGAGCCUGUUUAUUUUUAUAAACUGAACUCUUAUAUAUAUAUACUUGUCAUAUAUAUAUAUAUAAAUAAAUAAAUACAUACGCUACUAUGCUUAGAGGAGCGAGUAGGAGUGGAGACUGUUUUACAUCACCUGGAGAGGCCUAAUACUGUUCCUGCAGCGAAUCAGCCAAAAAAAAAAAAAGGAAAAAAAAAAAGAC